AUGAGACAACUGGAUAAAAGCCCAUUUACUCAUCUAGACAGUCUUUUCCUACUACAUCACAUCAUGGGCGCAGCUGGCUGGUGGGACGUACUGCCGCGUGACAUAUCCUCCGCUCCACAACUCGUGCACAAGCUGUCAGGCUGCGUUCUUUUGCACGAUUCUGUUACCUUACGACCGUACGAGCGCAUGGACUCCAGUGCAGAGCGCUCUAAACUGCAAAGGCGCUCGCCUCAACGCUCUAGCAGCAGCGGAGCGUACGUAAUGCGCCGGAGCAGGUCUCAGAGCCUGCAUGCUCUCGACCCAAGCCAGAAUCUUGACAGCCUCUAUCGCUCCCCAAGUGCUUGGUCUGUGCGAUUUGCCGCGAAGCCAAAAGAAAGGUGUGGGUUAAGUAGUGCUUGGUCAGAUCAUUCGGAUCAUGUGCUUGUAGCGGGCUUGUGUGACUUCGGAAUGGCAGUUGCCCUCUGGCACCCACGUCAAAUGGGCAGCUUCGCUGCCUUGAUGGCCUGCUUCGGAUGCGACGAGAUGCUGGUGAAUUAUUUCAGCACGAUGGCCGGAUGUAUCUCACCGAAGAUGGAUGCAGGGUGA